AUGAAGACCAUGAUAAACACCAUAAAGCUUGGAAAUUGUUUGAUGCAACAACCAUCAUCAACUUUCCGAAAAAUCAUUCAACAACAGAGCACAAACCAAUCAAUAUGGACAAUGAUGAAAAUUAUGGAAAAUAAUUCAACAAGUUUUUCAACAUGUUCGAUUUUAAAUUUCAAAAAGCCAUCAAAACCAACAACAAUUAAUCACUCCGAUUCUACAAUAACUAAAUUAUCAAAAACAGAGAAAAAACUUCAAGAUGUUCAAAGAGUGCAUAAAUGGAAAGAAUUAGCCCAAACUAAAAAUUCUGAAAAGAAAAUAGCAGAACAGAAAAACCUUUUGAGUACUAAACUUAUUCAAAAUGUUGUUCCAGAAUCAAGAAAGAAAAUUGAACCAAGAUCUUCAGUUAUUAUUAAAGUGGAUAAAGCAUCUGUUGGUAAAAGAAAACAUGGUGAAAAGGAAAAAACAAUUGAGCUUAAUGAAAAUUAUCCAAAAUUGUUUUCCUCUAAAUUUUUGAAAAGAGUUCAAUUGGAAAAUAUGAAUCAAUCACUUCCAAAAAUUGUCUUUGCUGGAAGAUCCAAUGUUGGAAAGAGUAGUUUAAUUAAUGCACUAGUCACUAAAACGGGUAAAGGAGGCAAAGCUGCAGUUAGUAGCAAACCAGGUGAAACUCAAAGUCUCAAUUGCUAUCAAUUAUCGGAUGCCAUCAAUAUUGUCGAUUUACCAGGAUAUGGUUUUGCAUUUGCUGAAGAAGAAAAGAGACUAGAAUGGCAAGAACAAAUUAGAAACUUUUUACUUACAGCAUCCAAGCUCAGAAGAGUUUUCAUUCUUAUUGAUGCAAGACAUGGAUUUAAAGAAACUGAUUAUUCAUUCCUCACAUUUCUCAAUCAAAACAAAAUCAAGAAUCAAAUCAUUCUCACCAAAUGUGAUUUGUUAUACGAUGAUGAAAUAGCCAAGCAGUAUGAAUAUUUGAUUAAUCAAAUUAGGGUAAGACCAUUUAAUCAUACGUGUGAAGAAAUGAUUGUUGUCUCGUCCAAGAAAAUGAAUGGUAUUAAAGAGAUACAAGAAGAAAUUCUAUCAUUCCUCCCUGAAAAGGGUGCUAAAUACAGAGAAAUCAAGACAAGACAUGUACCACUUCCUGAUGUUCCUUUGAUUUCCCCUCCAAAACCUCUUACUAUCAAAGAUAAUUCAUCACCUCAAAUUUCACACGACGAAAAGAAGAAGCAAUCACCUAGAAAAUCCUCCAAGAGUACAACAACCAUAACUCAAAGGUCCUCAAGCACCACAUCAAUGAGAAGAAAUUCUGUAAAGACCUCAACAAACAAAAGAAAAUAA